AGCGAGCAAGCGGCACGGAAGUGCACUCGACUGAAUCGAGGCGUACAGAGGCGCAGCGAUCAUAAGCGAACGUCGCACACUCGCCGGGUGCUGUACUGCUGCGCUGCGUGGGCUCAGACAGCGCGAAACCGCGGCACAGGGACUGUUUCCCACCAAACGCCACCGCCGUGCCGAGGGCUAACGCGCCGGCGCACGAUACGAAGCCGAUACGAUGGCGGCGCAGACGCAAGCUUCCGAACGGCGCAAGGAGUCCUCGCCCGCGAACUACGCCUUCGGCCGCGUCUUAGGUGAAGGCGCGUUCGCGCAUUGCGUGCUCGCGAAGCAGCGCUCCACAAAAACGACGGUGGCCGUCAAGAUCAUGCUGAAGCGCCAUGUGGAGCGCGAAGGGAAAGUAAGAGCUGUGCACGCGGAAAGGGAAGCGCUGGCACGAGCGCGGAGUGACCACAUUGUGCGCCUGAUCGAAACGUUCCAGGACCGCGACUACCUGUUCUUUGUGCUCGAGUUUUGUAGUGGAGGCGAUCUGCGACGACUCCUCGACGCCAAUAUCCCGUCGAUACGAGGAGAACACGGUUUAACAAAGUACGCCUCAAGCUUCUACGCCGGAGAUGUCCUACUAGGCUUACAAUUCCUCCAUUCGUUGGACAUUGCUCAUAGAGACCUAAAACCGGAGAACGUGCUCAUCGAUAAUAAAGGGAGGUGCAAGCUCGGCGACUUCGGGGCCGUGCUGGAUCUCACAAGCGGUCAGAGAGCGGGGAGCUUCGACGGUGCGUCGCCGCGUCCACUCGACGCCGUCGUCAUGAGCGCGCCGUCAUCACGAGUAAUUCGUACACGCGCAGGCACGGCCGAGUACGUGUCGCCCGAGGUGCUGGAAGGGGAGAGUACGACUACAAAGUGCGACUUGUGGGCUUUAGGUUGUUUGGUGUUUCAGUUAUCGACGGGACGGUUGCCGUUCACGGGCGCUACCGAUUUUCUGGUCUGGGAAAAAAUUGUGGCCUUCGCCGACGGUAACCGAGACGAGGUCGACUUUACGUCUGUAUCUGAAGAUGUGGAGGAUCUGGUACGUAGAUUAUGUAGGAGGGACCCGUCAUCGAGGUUGUGUGGGGAGGAACUCGAGGCGCACGCGUUUUUUGUGUGUCCGGUCGCGGACAUUCGCGCGUCCCGAGCUUGUGUGCCGUGGACGCCGGAGCCGUGCUCCCACACCUGUGAAGCGUCGUUUAGCGUGGAGUAUAUGCUGGAUCUGGAGGCCGGGAGCUACGGGGACAACGUCCCGACCUGUGCAUAAAUCAAAUUUUCACGGCGCGUUCGUGCUGAAUCGUCGCGUCGACCGCCACGCCAUCGACGCGACGCCUGCUCGAUAGCGUGCGGUUCCUCAGAGUUGUGCACAGGUCCCUACACUGCGGGAGUCGGAAACAUCAGUGGCAAGUACAAAAAAACUCGUCGGGUCCGCGUCCUCGAGACGGGCCCUGACGGACUACGACUGGGACGCUUCAUUAAGUUCGGAACGCGUCGUGGCGAAGGGUAUACUGUGGAAGCGCAAGGGCCUGUUCUGGAGGGAGCGCGUGUUUUUAUUGACGUCGGCGCCGCGGUUGGUGUAUUAUGACGCCUCCAAGAAGGUGCCAGAGCGUAAAGGUUGUGUGGAAUGGCCCGCGGACGCGCCUCCCAAAAUACGGCGACGGUCUCCAAGUAGAUUUGAUGUUUGUGUUGCUGGUCGCGAUUAUCACCUGGCGGCAAAAGGCGACGGCGACGAUUCGGCAGAUGCCUGGAUCACGCGCCUGUCUCGCGUGUUUUCCGGUGAUUUAAGUCCAAAAGUCGGGCGCCAGGGCUGGAUCUACAAACGGGGCGGCGGCGGCACGUCGUCGGCCUAUCGGCGGCGGUAUGCAAUACUAAGGGGCAACCAGCUCUUCUACUACCGGCGGCCGCCCGCCCAACAAGCCGUCUCGCCGCAGGGCGUCGUGCGCGUGCUGAGUGCGUCGAUCGCGCCGGAGGACAUGCCCGGCAAGGCCGCGUUCACGAUGGCGACGGACUCGGGGCGGACCUUUUAUGUGUGCGUCGAGACGGCCGAGGAGCGGGCCGCGUGGCUAGCCGUGCUGCCCGAGGCGGACCCUUGUUCGUGAUUAAUAUUUGUAAGUUA